GCUGUAGCGCUGGUGGGGGGAAGGGUUGAAUAUUUUCUCUCCCUUGCCAGUAGAUGGCGCGAAACAAAUCGGGAUUGAAAUGGCGUCGAGGUAAAGAGACCUCACGAAUUUAUGGAUUUUUUGCCUUCCGUGAAAACUGGUGAAAAUGGAGUCUAAUGCUGAAAGUGCGACCAAAUCGAAAAAUUCUGAUGAUUCGAACGAAAGCAGGCAUGUAUGUGUGCUCUGCAGCUCAGUUCUUCCAUCCAAGGAGGAACUUCAAGAUCAUUUCAGGAAACACGCCAACAAAGUGAUCGAUUAUCGAGGGCAACCAAUGAACAGGCGCUUCGUCUUGAAAACUGACGCAGCACAGCCAGCUGCACCUCCUAAGCCUGCUGCUGCUGCUGCCCCUAUAAAGCCUGCAGUCAACAAAGUCACUCCUCCCAUCAAGUCGUGCACAGUGUACGGAACCAAACUGAAAAACGUGAACCUGGCUCCGGAGCCAAAAGUAAUCAUAAAGGAGCAGCCGCCAGUGGUCGUCGAGGCCGCAAAGGAGCCGGCCGAGGAGAAGAAACAACCGUUGGCCAUCGAGUGCGACGUUUGCGCCAUGCCCUUUGAAACCAUAACCCAAGCGAUCCAGCACAAGUUCCGCAAGCACCCCAAUUCCAGCCUCAAGUAUUACUGCCCCUUCUGCGGAAUGCAGUUCCCUCUAAAGUACAAUCAAGAAACCCAUCUAGAAAAGGAGCACCCUGGCGCAGAGGAAAAGGGUGAUUUUCCAUGCUCUUACUGCGACGUGAUUUUUAAAACGCCCGAGGGACAUGCUUACCAUAUUAAGUCUAACCACAAAAGGAUUGUGGCGUUUUUCAAACCUAUCGUCACUCCACCUCCUAGUAAGAAGAUUAAGGUUAACAACGCUCGGGAGGCGCAAAGCGUGUACUACUGCCACCUUUGCGGCUUUGAGUACAUAGUCAAGUUCAAUCUACAAAAGCACCUUGAAAGACAACACACAGCUGAAGAGCGGGAUGCCAUGCCCACGGAGCUAAUGAAGUGCACGACAUGCGAUGCCCUGUUCUACAACAAGAAAGCGUACGAAAACCACAACAUGUAUCACCGACCAGACGACCUGUACGUAACGAGCGAAGAGCAGCGGCUGCAGACGGUGUCGCGGGUGGACCAGGACUUCGACAUCCGCAGAGUGAUCCAGCCGGUGGACAAGUACAUGGCCAAAGUCAGGUCGGCCUCCAUGGGCAAGAGGCGGAGCAGGGACUCGGUGGUGCAGCCCCUCUUCUCCAACCUGAGCGACUCGGAACUGUCGCCAGCGUCCACUCCGCCUACUUCCGAUUCUGAGGAUGAACCGGCUGACAAAGCUGAAAAAGCAACUGAGCUUCGUGAGGAAAGUGGUGAGUCGGAACCUCUGGUCAAGAAGACUGCAAAGACAAUAACGUACGGAAAGGCGAAAAGUGCGUCAACUGACAGCAAGACUGCUGCUACUGCUGCCAAAGAGUCGGUUUCCACAGCAGAAACAGGUAAAGUCGAGCAGAAAAAAGGUUUUUCUCAAGCGAAAAAAGCCAGGAAAGAACCUCCAGUAGCUCCUGUUCCCACAAGGAACUCUGCACGAAUAGCAAGGAGUAAAGUAAAGUGUUAAAGUUUCCUAUCUAUAAAGUGUUAGUAUGCUAGUAGUCGUAUGUGCCAUUUAAUCACUCUUGGAUCGUAUAAAGAAAAGGAUAUGCUUUGUUCCACAAUAUCUGCCGUUUGCACGAGUGUCAUAAAAUGUUUGACCCAUGAGCAAAAUUAAAGAAAAAAAGUAUUAAUUGUUCUCUACCAUUUACCACCAUUCUACCAUAGCUAUUUGUUAAGAGGAAGGAAAUAAUCAUCUACCAGAAGCGCAUUUAUAUAAACUCCUGCAAUAUUUUGAUACACUUGUGUAACAGCCAAUACACGUUGCAAAUAAUUUGAAUAUUUAUUGUCUUGGUUAUGUAAAUUUGUGAUUUCAAUUCCACGAAACAUGCUAGCACAAUAUUGCUCCUCACAUCGGUUAGAGAAUGAUGCUGAUUGGCAUACUGAUAAUUGUCAUGAAUAUUAUUAUGUUGUAAAAAUUAAUUAAAUAAAUGACGUCCAAUGGAA